GUGAUGAUGAUGAACUCUACUCAGUUGUCAUUCCUUAUCUAAUUGCCUGCGGCUAAAUAAAGCAGAAUAAACCAAAAAAAGAAAUUCUAUUUUGGGAAUUAUGAGCGCACACUAAACAUAACACAUAACAGACAGACAGAUGAUGAUCACAAGAUUUGUGAGUAAUAACUUCCACUACCACUUCCACAAUUAUAAAUCAAAUAACAUCACACUUUUCUUUUAUUAUCAUUACACAACAUUCUAAUUAUAGAUAUAUAUACUCAUCCAGUUGACUAUAUAUAUAUAUAUCUAUCCAUUUGCUCACUCCCUCCCUUACCUUACUGCUACCUGUUCAUUCCUAGCUUUUCCUCCUUUAGCUCCCUCCGCUCCCUCCCUCCCUGAAUCAAUCAAUUUGCCAUCAAGUCAAAUUCUAGCAUAACAUUAAAUCUAAUACAUCAUGAAAGUAACUAUCAGAUUAUCAACCGAAUCCUCCUACUCCAUAACCAUCCCAGAUAACUCCACUGUCGAAGAUUUAAGAAACUCUGCUAAAGUUGGCUGUCCUGUUUCUUCAAAAUUACCGCAUGAUUUUAAACUUAUCUAUAAUGGUCAAAGAUUAACUCCUUAUUAUCAACCAUUAUCAACUUUUAAUAUAACUCCGGAAUUAGAUUCCAUAACUGUUAUUCUCAUGAGUGAUGGUUCAGAUACUCCCAUCAAUUUAACUCCUCAAUCUUCUCAUAUCGAUAUCACCACUGCCUCUACAACUGCUACCACCACCACCACCACUACCGUCAAGAAAACCAAAAAGAAGAGUAAAUGUGCCUUCAAAUCUUGUACUUCUGCAAGUUUAAGAAUGGUGGGUGCUUGUAGUCAUUGUCAAGGUUCAUUCUGUGCUAAACAUCGUUUAUUAGAAGAUCAUUUAUGUCAAGGCUUACAAUUUUGUAAAGAUAAUGCUCAUGAAAGAAAUGCCAUGAAAUUACAAAGUGAAAGUACUAUCGCUAGUAGAGUAUGACCUAAUUAAUGUUGUUUCUUCACAUUCUCACUCAUCAGUUGAGAUAUUACGUCCAUAUAUCACUUAUUCACGUCAUCAUUAUUCAUGUUUGGUUUUAUUUCUGUUGUGUUUUUUUUAUCAUUUACUUUUGUCUGUUAGGUUUGUUUUUCAUU